CAUUGUAAAUAUCUAUAAUUAGACCAAGUUGUUAUUAGUCUAUUUUUUGUUUCAGUUGCACCAGUCAUCAAAGUUCCAAACCAGCUUCUAGGAGCUCCGUUGAACACCGACGUUCAGCUAGAAUGUUAUGUUGAAGCCUAUCCAAAUACAAUAAACUACUGGAUUAAGAAUCGAGGCGAAAUGCUUCUGAAUGGGACAAAAUAUACAAUCAGAGAAGACAGAAGUGGCUACAAGGUGUUCAUGUGGCUAGUAAUCCGUUCCUUCUCGCCUAGUGAUAUAGGAACCUACAACUGUGUCUCCACAAACUCUCUUGGAAGGGCGGAAGGCACGCUCAGACUAUACGAGAUAAAAGUUGGUCCUGUAUCGCAUAAUAAUCAUGUCAUAGUUGGAGGUCUAGCGGAGCCAGCAAGGGGUCACAGAUCGGCAGCCACAAGUCUGUUCGAGCGCACAUGCCCAGCCUUGCUGAUUGCCGCGAUGUCCCUGCAAUGCCUUCGGUGAUACCCUUUCUAAUUGCUCUAGAAACUCAAUGGUCAGAACUGAUUAUGUGUUGCAUUCAUUCCUAAACUGAAAAUGUAUAUUUUUCAUGAGAUGCUGUAAUAUGUUUAUUAGGACCAUGCAACAUAGAUUAAGCAAUGUGAACUUAUACUUUAUACUUCAGAAAUUGUUUAAUAUUGUUGAUAACUCAAGGCAUAUAAAUCAUAAUAUGAGCUGAUUUUCAUAGCUUAAAAGGAUAGUACGCACAAAAAUGAUAAUGAACUUGGUCAAAAAUUGAGAUCUAUUAUAUCACUACAAAGAGAUCUCGGGCUGAAUCUGUAUGGAACACACUGAUGUCAGCCAGUUUCCAGUUUCCUCAAAACGAUCGAUAAUCCAUUGAGUUCCACGCUCUGUGGGACGAUUAUGUUAACUAAAUUCAUCACGAAGUUUGCGAAAACUGGGCACGACUUGUGAAUCACCCUGUAUAUAGAUUCAAAAAAAUCAGCAUUCGAGGAAAGAAAUGAGUAAAAACCACUCGAAAAUGCAUGAGUAAAAAUGAGCCCGUGAACACCCUGCUGCUCUCCCUACAGAACUUUUUCCUGCAUACGCCCAAGGGGUUUUGUAUCACCCUGUACUUGCAUCUUGCCUCAGUUGUAUUUUCAAUAAUGGUGGAUGCGCGUAGUAUUCAUGUAGUAGGUGCAUUCACCAUAAUUCAUAAAUACAUACGGUCCUUUAAGAUUUUUUCAGAGUCGAAACACACAAUGAUUUUGCUGUAGUGCAGCAAGAACGCUUAUUCAUCAAAUUCUUCCUGAACUCUUUUGGCCUACUUCUCGUAUUCUGAAUUAACAGAGAAUUAUUCAAGAGGCUCUAAAUAUUCCUGUUCUUUAACAUAGUCAUGGCUUUCAUUCAAUUGCUUAGUCGCUGUAUGCAUGGUCCAGUUAGAUUUGUAAAAAAUGGUUGUAAUUCUUUGCUUGUAUUUUAGAGUUGAUACAUAUUAUUGUCUAUGCUCAAAUCCUUUGUAGUACUUACUGAAAAAUAAACGAUGGUUGUUUCAACAACAUAUUCUGUUGCAUCUUAUGUGAUGAGGAAUCAUAAUCAAAGGCAUUUUCUAUUACUUUUAUUUUUCAGGUAUCAAAGGAAUUUUUUCGUCGCAUACCGAUUCGCAUCUUGUUUAGAUCAUCAUAGGAUGUUAAAGAAAAUGUUGGAAUGAGUAUUAACAAUUCCUAAAUGUAUAGAACUGUACGUCUAUCCUUUAUAUUUAAAGUACAGAUUAAAUGUACAACAUUUGUAAUCCCGAUACCACUAUGUGUUACCUUGACAUUUGUUUCAACCCGAUUCGCAUGACUAAAGAUAAAUCCAAUUUCCGCACUUUUUGAAAAAAUCUUUGCUGGAAAUAAAACCAGGUAAUUUAGGGCAAACUAAAAUGCCUACACGAAUCUAAAAGCAACGAAUAUUUUUUACUUCAACUUACGUUACUGACAAUACAAUCAAUCAUCAUGAUUAUAAUGCCUACAGUUCUUUGCAUUUACAACUAAGACACAUAUCGUCGUAGAAUAUAUUGACUCUAGUCAAACUAAAGUCAUUUGAUACAAGUGUCAAUGAACGGAUUUGAAUCAAUUACCGUUCAAUAUUUUGGAUAAUUUUGUAGUGCUAUACGUUCUGUCACAGCUAAUCAAAGCAAACGUCAAUAAAAGCAUUUUUCGCACACAUAUUUCACAUCAGAAAUUUAAUUUCUGGAGACCCACGAUCUUCGAGCGACGAUUUUCACACUUUGUUGGAUUUUUACUGUCUAAGGUAAUCCCAAUAAUCAAUCUCAAGAACCUUAUAUCAGCCUUACUGUAAUAGGCAAAAUAUAUUCGCAUAAAUUUAAUGAUUGCCUUAAGACAGAUAAAAUGACUUUGGCAUAUCUACUCGUUUCGGCAGGUUGACUUCAAUGACUUUAGAUGCAAAUAUCUUCAAGCCUAAAGCUCGACAUCUUUUGUAUUGAACUUGUUCCAAAAUAUUUUUCCAUUUAUCCUGUUAGGUCUGUUAGUAUACCUAAAAACGAACGAUUCGCUAUAUUUAUUAAUACGAAGCAACGGAAAAAGUUCUCAAGCUUCUUGGCGGAGACAGAACGUACAAUGUGUAUACCAACAAUACCACUUCUUUCGAUCGGUUGUUAAUCGACAACCUCUUUGUACCUACUAUAGAUGUAUUGUAAAAAUGUACAUAUCUCAAUCUUAUAUCACCCAGCUUGGAAAGUGCAAUAUUUUGAGAAGGCGUUUCAAAUUGAACGUAUGGACUUGUCAAAGAGCUUUUGUUUAUACAAAAUUGUUCACUACCGCACUAGCUCUUUUGUCAUGCAUACGUUUCUUUAGGAUACUCAUUUCUCAAUACGCAAAGGCUUGUGUCUUUGAGUCAGAUCCAUGAUGCUUCCGGAUAUAUUUGUUUUUAAGAUUUUUCUGUAUAUUAAAGCUUUGAAAUAUAAAUUUAUUCUGAAAAGAAUUCUAAUUCAUUUGUCUUUCUAAUAUAAGGGAUGCUUUCCAAACACAUUAUGAACAAAUAAGUAAUCAUAUCAAACACAUAUCAUUUUCUAACCUCCGUCCACAAGGAAUAUUUUCCAAAAUAGAUUCAUUGAACUUUUGAAUAAUUUUCACCAAAAUUUACAUGUUGAACUAUUCUACAAUGGAGAGACCCCAAGACACAAACUACAACAUCUCAAAUAUAUGGAAGUAGCUAAUUUCUAUGUGAAGUAAAACUUUAUUGUUAACGAGAAAAUCAUAAUUUCCGAAUGAAUUAUAGUUCCGCUAACAGAAAAGACCCGCAUAAAUCUUAUGGGGAAAGGGUUUCCGCUAUUUUUUAAGGAGUAUCUUGUAGAUAUCAACACGUAGAAGAAAAGUGACCAUGGGCCCCAAGUUUGUCCAUGAAUAAUUUCCGAGGUUCAGGGUCUCUAAUUUGGGUCGCCGGUUCCCAAUUACAGCGGAUUGUGGGCGCAGUACGCGAUGUAUAACUACUAUACUAUUGAAUCUAAAAACGUAAAUAAUAAUAUUUACGUUUUCAGAUUCUUAUUAUCCUUAAUAGCAUAGACGCAGGGGGAUGCAAUGCACAAAAGGGUAUCUCUUAUUGAUGAUCCCUCCGCUGAGAAAAAUUCCAGGGAGCGCCUAUGCCUACUAUUCGCCAACAUUGCAUUUCUUCCACAUCUAUAGAGUAGCCCAAAGUUGCGCGGAUGGAGGUUUGCUCCAAGAAACAUACUUUUUCAAAAACUGCGUAGAAUUACACAAUACUGAAAUGGGUAUCAAAAUUGUUUUUUAUAGGUACCUUUGAUCAGUUACAUAUUUAGAUACACCUAAAUAGUUGCGUUGUUUCUGAAACAAUCGGUUCAAUUAUAAAGCAUCAUAAUCCCUAAUUUGCGUUGAUAUAGGAUAAGCUCAUCAUAAUUUCGGAUCCUUGUAGUUGUUUAUCGCGAACUACACUGAUUUCUUCGCCAUUCAGCACGAAAUGUUCUAUUAAAAAACUACUUCCAUGGUUUGAAUGGUAUUUUCGGACUUGAAAGCACUUUGUACAUGUCAAUUUAAUAUAUUUUGAGAGCUAUAUCGAUCUCAAUUGAAUUUAGAAUAUGCCUACAGUUUGAGAUUUAUCGACUUAUGCGAAUAUAUGAAACUUUUAUAAGAUUUUGUUUUAUACAUAUCUAACUUUAAGCGAAUUGUUAAUGUAUUGUGUAACUUGUACAUAUUUUGGAGUUUAAUUAUUUAGACGGUAAGCAAAUUGUGAGCCUAGAAUAACUAGCAGAUGUAAUGAAAUUAUCGAAAUGGUGCCAAAACAAAAUUUAUUUAAGCAAAUAAAUGUGAAAAACAGC